AGGCAGCCAAAGCUUCUCAGCUGCAGUCGAGAGCAAAGCCAGAGCCAGCAAGAACGCAACGGCUUUUUCUUCUCGAGACCCAGUUGUGAAUAUCUGAAAAUAUCAGUUUGAUUCUUUGUAAUCCAGAGGUUUUCCAUUCUUCUGACCCUCGCAAAUACCCGAUCAUUGCUGAUAUGGGCACUCGCGUUUACAUUGGUGGCUUGCCAUACCGAGUCAAGGAGAGAGACAUUGAAAGGUUUUUUCGGGGCUAUGGAAAGCUUCGAGAAGUCCUAAUUAAAAAUGGCUACGGCUUUGUGGAGUUUGAAGACUAUCGGGAUGCUGAUGAUGCAGUGUACGAGCUAAAUGGAAAAGAACUUUGUGGGGAAAGAGUGACCGUGGAGCGAGCCAAGGGGUCGCCGCGGGCACGAGGUCGUGGAUCAUCUGGCGGUUCCGAUAGUGGCCGAAGUCCCCGCAAUGGCCGCGAACACGGCCGAUCUGGUUUCCGCAACUCCUCCAACUCGCGAUCGGGAGGAAAGGGUGGUGGCGACAAUGCUCCUCCGAGAUAUGGCCCACCCACCAGAACAGAUUACCGUCUAGUGGUUGAGAAUCUGUCGAGCCGAGUCAGUUGGCAGGAUCUCAAGGAUUACAUGAGGCAGGCUGGUGAGGUCACCUACGCAGAUGCCCACAAGCAACAUCGCAAUGAAGGUGUGGUUGAGUUUGCGUCAUAUUCCGAUUUGAAGACAGCCAUUGAAAAGUUGGAUGGGACAGAUUUAAACGGAAGACGAAUCAAGCUUGUCGAGGAUAAAGAUUCGGGUAGACGCGGUUCUCGCCGUCGUUCCCGCUCUCGCUCAUCAUCGCGCUCCCGUUCUCGUUCCCGCUCACGUCGUCGCUCCCGUUCUCGCUCCAGGUCCAGAAGCAAGAGCCGCAGUCGUUCAAAGAGGUCUGGAAGCAAAAGCCGCAGCCGCUCCAAAUCUCGCGGGCAUUCGAAGUCCAAGAGCAAGUCCCGUUCGCGUUCUCCGAGAAAGUCUCGAUCCAAGUCGAGGUCUCGCGACAAGUCUAUUGAUAGAUCAAAGAGCAAGUCACACUCACGUUCGCCAAGAAAGUCUCGCUCCAAGUCCAGGUCUCGUGACAAGUCAGUGGAUAGAGAUCGUUCUGUAUCUCGUGACAAGUCUGUUGAACGCGCUGCAUCGAAACAGUCGAGGAGCAAGUCAAGGGAGAGAUCUCAUUCUCGAUCCCGUUCACGAUCAGUAUCUCGCAGCCGAUCUGCCAGUGGCAGUCCACGCAGGGAUGAUCGUGAUGAAGACGAGAAAAUGGAUAAUGGACAUCGGUCAAGUCCCGAUAACCGCGACUAAUUGGCAUCGUUUUAAGAGUUUUCCCCUCCUUUUUUGACACCUAAUCUACACGCCACCGAUGCCCCCUCCCUUAAAAUUUUCAAUACAAAAACAAGCAACUGUUUCCCCCCUAUCGACGUAUCUUUCGUUUAAAAAUAGCUCGGCUACUGUAAUUGGUAGUGAAAUACAAAUUCACAAUGGUUCUA